AUGUCGCAGAAUUCAAAGAGCAAAAUCGAAUUGCUCCAGGCGGAAGUCGAUGAAAACGACCAAAGUUUCUUCCGAUUACUAGUCGACGGACACGCCAUCAAAUACAUCACCAUCGAACCUCGAACCUACAGCGCAGAAGAUAUGUGCUUCGGCCCAUCUCUGGCUUCCGUUCUUCCCGACCUUCCCCCUGGAAAUUGGAACGAUGGACUGGUAGCUAGAGAUGGGGAAAAUGGGCAACCGCGCUUCACACGUGUUACUCAGACCGCGUUUGCCAGCGUCAGGAAUACGUGGCAUAGCACGUACGUCGACUACCUGGGGAUUAUCGUGGGUAGGAAAUUACGAACAGGCGUCUAUGAGGUUAGCUGCCCAUUAUUCGACAACGUUGUCGUCGCAAAAUUCGCCCGCUUUGACUGGGAGGCGCAGUACAUGGAGAAUGAAACUACGGCUUACCAAUGGAUCGACGGUUCUAGUAUUGGACCCCGGUUUCUCGGCCACUUGACUGAGGACGGACGGGUGAUAGGGUUCUUAAUGGAGCGUAUCACAGAUGCACGGCAUGCGGGCCCUCAAGACCUUCAGGCCUGCCAGGAAACAUUGUCUCGGCUGCAUGAGUUGGGAAUCCGGCAUGGUGAUACAAACCGCUUUAACUUUUUGAUCGGUCAAUCGAAGGCAAUCUUGAUCGACUUCGACACGGCCCAGAAGUGCGACAAUCAGGAUUCAUUGUUAGAAGAGUUCGAAGAUCUACCUCGGCGGCUGAACGAUUCGUCUAAUAGGGGUGGUGGGGGGAUUCUCUAG